AUGUCAAAUAUUGAACACUUAUCAAGAGAAAACAGAAAAUUAGUUUCUCGUUGGAUACCCCACCUGUUGACUGAAGAGCAGAAAGCAGCCAGGGUUGAUUGGUGUCAAAAAACGCUUGACCGUUUUAAUUCCGAAAACACAAAAAAUGUGUACAGCAUUGUUAGUGGUGAUGAAUCGUGGAUCUACUGUUAUGAAACAGAAAAUAAACGACAGUCGGCUGUUUGGGUGUUCCAAGGUGAAGAAAAGCCAACAAAAGUCAUCCAUUCUCGAAGUUCACCACCGAGCUUCGAAAGAAGAAUCAUCCUCCACCAAGACAAUGCAAGCUCGCACACAGCCCAAAAAACAAGGCAAAUGCAAGAAGAAAACGUGGAAUUAUUGGACCAUCCUCCAUAUAGUCCCGAUCUAAGUCCUAACGAGUUCUUUACUUUCCCGAAAAUAAAAAACAGAUUGCUUGGUCAAAGGUUCCAGUCACCAGAAGAAGCAGUUGACGCAUUCAAAAAUGCCGUUUUAGAUCUGCCAGCAAACGAGUGGAAUAAGUGCUUCGAAAAUUGGUUCGAGCGCAUGCAGAUGUGUAUUAAUCUUCUAUCUGCUGGGAAAAAGCUAGGCUAUUUGUUUAGGCCUAAGAAAUACUUUUCUUCGCAUGACCUUCUCACUCUAUGCAAAGCCCAGAUAAGGAAUAGCCUCGAGUAUUGCUCACACGUUUGGGGUGCUGCUGCCUCGACUACAUUGUCCAUCCUCGAUGCUGUCCAGAGGAGGGCGGUCCGACUGAUCGAUGACUCUUCUCUAACAGACAGUCUCGGGACACUUUCGCACCGGCGGGCUGUCGGCGAUCUAGAUCUUUUCUACCGUUACACCAACGGGCUUUGCUCCUCACAGCUCUCUCGCAUGAUGCCGCCGCGCAAUAUGCCUGCUAGGCAGACCCGCCUGACUUUGGCGUCCCAUCCUAACCGUGUCGAACUUCGUAAAUCAACAACUGGCCGAUACGACCGCUCCUUUGUCCCGAGGGUGUUGAGAGUGUGGAACAAUCUACAAGAGGAAGCUUUUCCCAGUUCUACUAACCUUAGGCAGUUCGAAAAUCGAUAUUGA